CCUCACAGUGUUCCAUCUUCCACUCAAUAGCACUUAUCCUGUGUGUUGUUGAUCGGUGAAAAUUGACUCCAACGAACCAUGAAGGCUCAGGCAUUGCUGCUCAUUGCUCUUGUUGUAGCUGCAACUCUACUGACAGCAGAAUGUGGCCAAGACAGUGCAGAACGUAGAAUGCAACCAGGGAGUCUUCUUCCACCAUCCCAGGCUCCAGGCACAGGAAGCCCUGUAACUCCUCCGCCUCAACAGGACAGCAAUGAAAGUGACAACAGCAACGAAAGUCCCGCCAGCUAUCAAAGUGACGCCAGCAAUGAAAGUGACAACAGCAACGAAAGUGGGAACUGACAUCACUGUCAGUGAGAAAACCCUCCUGAGACUGUCACCCACCAUUUAAUCACCAUGUAAGUGUUACAGGCAGUAACCACCUUACAUGACAAUACUAUUAAGCAGUCCUAAGCAUUGGAGGUGUUACCAGCUCUACUCACUGUCAUUUUAUCCAAGUGCAAUAAAACCUGUCUGUGCGCAAA